AUGAAGUCCAAUCUAGAACUCGUUGCCGAGUGCGAUUCAACCCCCUAUCCCAACACCCCCGCCUUCACAGAGCUCUUCUCAGAUAUCUACACCCUCCUCCAUGUGUACCCCACUUCCCCAGCACCAGCUAUAAUCCCCAUCGGCUACAUCCUCCCCAGCGUCUUCACAGCCCUCGCCAAAGUCCCCGCCUCCAUAAAAGGCGAGCUGGAAGUCUCACGCAGCGAUCGCACAAUAACCGCAUUCCAACAGCCCACCGAGGCAGAGCGCUCCGCGGCCGUAGCAGCAACAUGCGGCUACUGGCGCGCUCAAAAGACCUUCGCGGUACUCUCCGGCUGGCGGGAUGAGCUAUACCCCGUGUAUGGCCCUGACAACGAGUUGCUAUUCAACGUGGAACGUAGCGCGAGUCCGCUAUUUGGCGUCGUCUCAUACGGUACACAUAUGAACUGUUAUGUGCGGAUAGGUGCCGAGGAGCAGGCCAAGGAGGGAAGUAAAUAUGACAUGAAGAUGUGGAUUCCGCGGCGGAGCAGGCAGAAGCAGACGUUUGGCGGCAUGUUGGAUAAUGGUGUUGCGGGCGGUAUCGCUUCGGGAGAAAGCCCCCUCGAAAGCUUGAUCAGGGAGGCGGAUGAGGAGGCUUCCUUGCCGGAGAAGGUCGUGUCGGACAACGUGAAGGCUGUAGGUACUGUAACGUAUAGUUAUCUGAGGGAGGCGCGAGCUGGGGGCGAGACUGGGUUGGUGCAACCCGAGUGUCAGUACGUGUACGACCUUGAGCUACCUGUAUCGGUGAUACCGCAGCCGCAAGAUGGCGAGGUGGAGGAAUUCUAUCUGUGGACCAUCGAAGAGGUGCAGAAACAUUUGGCGCUGGGGGAGUUCAAGCCGAACUGUGCGCUGGUGGUUGUGGAUUUCUUUAUGAGACAUGGUGUUUUGACGAAGGAGAAUGAGAAGGAUUAUGAUGAGAUAUGGAGGAGGUGCCAUAGGGAAUUGGAGUUCCCUGGCCCGCAUAGAAAGGUUGAUAAUUUGGAAACCAAGGCUUAG